UCCAAAACCGCAGCGACAGUCUCUCUUUCUCUGUCUCUCUCUCUCUCACUCUUUCUCUCACCCCCAGCAGUGGCACACAUCUCAGUUGCUGCUCUGGCUUGUGUGUAGCGAGGAAUGAGUGUGUGAGUUAGGCAGCAGACAAGGGAAACACAGAGUCGAUGAGCGCGAAAGGUACUCAAAGAAGAGGGAAAAGAGGAAGGGAAGCGCAGAAAACCCAGUGAGGACAGACAAACAAGGAGAGUUUGCAAAGCACUUGGAUUUUACUUGCCUCAAAUCUCUCCAUCUGAUAUCCUUACUGGCAAAAGACUCAAUUAAGGUGAUGAUUUCAAGUUCUGGUUGACUGGCUCUGUACCACUAGCAAGUUGAGGAGCACCAGGCUUUGAGUGACUACUUACCUGGUGCCUCUGUCACUCCCUCCUAUACUAGUCCCUCUCCCAGGCAUCACUGUCUAGCCCUCACCCCAUUGCCCUGGCUCUCUAGUCUCCACUUGUCCACUCUUCUCUGGACUUUGAAAACUGUCCCGUCCCAGACCGCCCAAUGCUGAAGAGGAACUGUCUGCUGCUGUUCCUGUGCUGCUUCUUCCUCCAGCAGAGUUCUUCUGCUCCCCUCCACACAAUACCCCCAGCUCAGCACCAGGGCAGGGCGGGCCGUGACUGGCCCCGCAGCCCAGCUGGCAUGUCCACAGCAAGCCAAAACGGAGGGUCUGGGGGCUUCCAGAGGGUGAAGAGGGGAUGGGUAUGGAACCAGUUUUUUGUGCUGGAGGAGUACAUGGGAUCUGAUCCACAAUAUGUGGGCAAGCUGCACACGGAUCUGGAUAAAGGGGACAGUGCCGUGAAAUACACCCUCUCGGGAGAGGGAGCUGGCACCAUAUUCACCAUUGACCAGACCACAGGAGACAUCCAUGCCCUACGCAGCCUGGACAGGGAAGAGAAACCUUACUACACACUUCGAGCUCAGGCUGUAGACAUCGAUACAAACCACCCCCUGGAACCUGAGUCUGAGUUUGUGAUCAAGGUCCAGGACAUCAACGACAAUGAGCCAAAGUUUCUGGAGGGUCCUUACACAGCUAGUGUUCCUGAGAUGUCACCUGUGGGUACCUAUGUGACAAAAGUAACAGCAUCAGAUGCAGAUGAUCCCACCUAUGGGAACAGUGCAAGAGUGGUGUACAGUAUCCUGCAUGGCCAGCCAUAUUUCUCUGUGGAUCCCAAGACAGGAGUUAUUAGGACUGCUCUUCCCAACAUGGACCGGGAGGUGAAAGAGCUCUAUCAGGUGCUUAUCCAGGCCAAAGACAUGGGCGGCCAGCUGGGGGGUCUGGCAGGGACCACCACCAUCAACAUCACUUUGAGCGAUGUAAAUGAUAACCCACCAAGGUUUGCCAAAAGUAUAUUUCACUUUCGCGUGUCCGAGUCCAACAAUGUGGGGACUAUUGUGGGCACAAUCAAAGCCCAUGAUCUGGACAUUGGCAAAAAUGCUGAGAUUGACUAUAGCAUCAUCCCUGGAGACGGAGGAGCCAUGUUUGACAUCACCACGAAUGAGCACAACCAGGAGGGCAUUAUCGUUCUCAGACAACUUGUGGACUAUGAGACAAAGAAAGCCUACACAUUUAAAGUGGAGGCAUCAAAUGCACACUUAGACCCACGAUUUCAUGGUUACGGCCCAUUUAAAGACAUGGCAACAAUCAAAAUCACCGUUAUGGAUGAGGACGAGCCUCCUGUCUUCACCAAGCCAUCGUACACAAUGGAUGUGUAUGAGGACACACCACUAGGCAUCAUCAUUGGAGCAGUGACUGCCCAGGAUCUGGAUGCCGGAAGCAGCCCAGUCAGGUAUUCAAUUGACUGGAAGAGUGACCUUGACAGCUUCUUUGAGAUCGACCCUGUGAAAGGAACCAUUUCCACCAAUGAGCUGCUGGAUAGGGAAAGUAUAGCCCAACACAACAUUACAGUUGUGGCAACAAAAGUUAAAAACCCGGUGCAGACCAGCCGAGUGGCAGUCACAGUCCACGUCCUGGACAUUAAUGAGUUUCCACCAGAGUUUGCUAUACCUUACGAGACCUUUGUGUGUGAAGGUGCCAAACUGGGACAGGUGAUUCAGGUCAUCAGUGCAAAAGACCAGGACCUUCCAAUGUCAGGACAGAUGUUUUCCUUCAGAUUACCACAGGAAGGGAUGAAGAACAAGAACUUCACCAUAAAAGACUUUGGCAACAACACUGCAGGGAUCGUGACGCUGCGGACUGGUUUUCGGCGCCGCUCUCAGGAGAUCUACCGCCUCCCGGUGGUGAUCGAGGAUGGCGGCUACCCGGCACAGAGUAGCACCAGCACUCUAACCAUCCGUGUGUGUGGCUGCGAUUCUGAGGGCUCCCUGCUCACCUGCAGUGCUGAAGCCAUCUUCCUCCCCGUGGGCCUCAGCACUGGGGCCCUGAUCGCCAUUCUGCUCUGCAUCAUCAUACUGUUGGUGAUUGUGGUCCUUUACGUGGGAGUGCGAAGGCAGAAGAAAAAGGAAACUCUGAUGACGUCUAAAGAGGACAUUCGAGACAACGUUAUCCAUUAUGAUGAUGAGGGCGGUGGCGAGGAGGACACACACGCCUUUGACCUGGGCACCCUCCGAAACCCCAAAGCCAUUAAGGAGAACCUCUUUCGGCGCGAUGUCAAACCUGAGGCUGGAUCUACCCCUCGCCCACCCAUUGCCUCACAGGACAGUGCAGACAUCCAGAGCUUCAUCAGCCAAAGGCUCCAGGAGCACGACGACGAUACAUCUGCCCCUCCUUACGACUCACUGGCUACCUAUGCUUACGAAGGGGAGGGCUCUGUGGUAGAGAGCCUCAGCUCCAUAGAAUCAUUAAAUGAAACAGAAGAGGAUUUCGAUUACCUCAGCGAGUGGGGACCCAGAUUCAAAACCCUCGCAGGAAUAUUUGGAGAGCAUUCUGAAAGCCAGAGAAAUAUCACGUCAACAGUUACUGGCACUACCAUCACCACCACCGAAAAUAGACAUUGAUGAUUUCUGCAAUGCAGGCUUAAAAACAAAUGUGAACUUAAAAGAGGUUUAUUUAUUUACUUCACUUUCAUAG